AUGGGUCUCACGGAGAUACGGACCGCCGUCAAGGUCGAUUUGAAGAAGCCAGCGGAUCAGCAGCCCGUACUUCAUAAUAGAUGGCAUCCAGACGUUCCCUUCACGGCCAAAGUUAAAGAUGGGGAGGUCUUCAAGGUGGAGUGUGUCGACUGGACAGGAGGACAGAUUGGCAACAAUGACAGCGCGGACGAUGUGAAGAACAUCGACCUCACCAAGAUUCACUACUUGUCUGGCCCGUUCGAGGUGGAAGGUGCCGAACCUGGAGAUGUCCUCGUGGUGGAGAUCCAAGAUGUGCAGCCAUUUCAAGAACAGCCUUGGGGUUUUACGGGCGUAUUUGACAAGGACAACGGGGGAGGCUUCCUUGACGAGCUUUACCCUAACGCCGCCAAAGCCAUCUGGGACUUCGAAGGCAUCUUCUGCUCCUCUCGCCAUAUCCCGCAUCUCCGAUUCCCUGGUCAGAUUCACCCGGGCAUCCUCGGCUGUGCUCCCUCCGCCGAGAUCCUCGCUGAGUGGAACCGCCGCGAAGCCCACCUGAUCAGCACCACCGAGCUCAAACGCAUCGUCGCGCUGCCCCCUCAACCCCAGAACGUCCACGCGGGCUCCGCAUCCGACGAGGUUAAAGAAAAAGUAGGCAAAGAGGGCGCGAGGACUAUACCCGGCCGCCCCGAGCAUGGUGGCAACUGCGAUAUCAAGAACCUGGGCCGCGGCAGCAAAGUCUUCCUCCCGAUCCACGUCCCCGGGGCAAAAUUCAGUAUUGGCGAUCUACACUUCAGCCAAGGCGACGGCGAAAUUUCUUUCUGCGGCGCGAUUGAGAUGGCAGGGGUCAUCACGCUGAAACUGUCCGUGAUGCAGAGCGGCAUGAAGGAUCUGGACAUGAAGAGCCCUCUUUUCCUGCCGGGACCCGUGGAGCCCCAUUACGGGCCGAGCAAGUAUCUGACCUUUGAGGGAUUCAGCGUCGACGAUAAGGGAGUGCAGCACUACAUGGACGCCACCGUCGCGUACCGGCAGGCGACCCUGAGGUGCAUCGAGUACCUGAGACGAUAUGGCUACUCCGACUACCAGGUCUACCUCAUGUUGAGCUGCGCGCCGAUUCAGGGACACGUGGCCGGCUUGGUGGAUAUCCCGAACGCGUGCAUGACGCUAGGGGUGCCGAUGGAUAUCUUCGAUUUCGACAUCUCGCCUACGGGCCCUGUGGAGAAGAUGGAGAUGGGGGCUUGUGCCGUUGCGAACAAGUGA